CAGAUUGUGAAGGGAUCGAGAAACAUGGGGAAACAAAAGAAAACGAGGAAAUACGCGACCAUGAAGCGAAUGCUUAGUUUAAGAGAUGAAAGAUUAAAAGAAAAGGAUAGAUUAAAACCAAAAAAAAAAAAAGAGAAGAAAGAUCCCAGUGCUCUCAAAGAAAGAGAAGUUCCCCAGCACCCAUCCUGCUUAUUCUUCCAAUAUACUACACAAUUGGGACCUCCUUACUACAUCUUGGUUGAUACCAACUUUAUCAAUUUCUCCAUCAAGGCCAAGUUGGACUUAGUGCAGUCAAUGAUGGAUUGUCUGUACGCCAAAUGCAUUCCUUGCAUUACUGACUGUGUAAUGGCUGAAAUUGAAAAACUGGGACAGAAGUACAGAGUAGCCCUGAGGAUUGCCAAGGACCCACGAUUUGAACGAUUACCAUGCUCACACAAAGGAACAUAUGCAGAUGAUUGCUUAGUCCAAAGGGUCACACAGCACAAGUGUUACAUUGUGGCUACAGUCGAUCGAGAUCUUAAGCGAAGAAUCCGGAAGAUUCCUGGAGUUCCCAUCAUGUACAUUUCUAACCAUAGGUAUAACAUCGAGAGAAUGCCAGAUGAUUAUGGAGCCCCUCGACUGUAACAUCAAGAGACUGAACUUCUGUGAUGCCAGUCUACGAAAUAUCCAUACAGUUAACAAAGAAAUGCCAUUCUAGUCUCUUACUUGUUGUAUUGUGAAAAUGUGCUUACAGAGACUUUAAAAAAUUUUUAUUCCAAAAUGGUUUUUUAAUCUUAAUGAAAAAAUCAUUUAAUUUACAUAUAAAUCAAUUUUGUUCAGACAAAAAAAAAAAAGAAA